ACCAGACAAGACAAGGGUAUUUCCAGGUGAAGUUCUACUUAUAUAUACCUUUUAGGGUUUUCGUAGCAGCUGGCGAAUCAGGGUUUUGAAAGCAAAGAAGCCAGGACGAAAGAAAGAAAGAAAGCUGCAAAAAUGGUGGAGAAGACAAACAAAGGAAGAAAGGAAGAAGUCGUUACCAGAGAGUAUACGGUUAAUCUUCACAAACGCUUACAUGGAUGCACAUUUAAGAAGAUGGCACCCAAGGCCAUUAAAGAAAUCAGAAAAUUCGCUCAGAAGGCAAUGGGAACAACCGAUGUCAGAGUGGAUGUGAAGCUAAACAAACACAUAUGGAGCAAAGGGAUCCGCAGUGUACCAAGGAGAGUACGUGUUCGUAUUGCUCGCAAAAGGAAUGACGAAGAAGAUGCAAAGGAAGAGCUCUAUUCACUGGUCAGUGUUGCAGAAAUACCUGUUGAGGGCCUUAAAGGUUUGGGCACCAAGAUCAUUGAUGAAACAGAUUGAAAAACUUGGUCAGUCGUACAGGUCUUUGAUAGCUUGAUUAUAACUGCAUCUUCAUUAGCUAAUGGAGACAAAAUAUUGAUUUUGAAAUCUGUAUCAGAGAAUUUCCACCAACAUAGUAACGAAUUAAAUUCUUAUAUGCUGUCUUCUAAAGUUUUAUUCUCCUGCAUUAAAUUAAGAGUUUCCAUGA